UGCCGCCUAACGGGAGACGGACUAGGCAAGUCAGCAGACCAAGAGAGCGCGCGGAAUGAGGGCGACGGGCUAGUUUGGGAGAGGGGACCCUCAGGGGAGGUGGCAUUCUGUAUGGGGUCAAGAAGAGGGGCAUUCGAGGCGAGGGGGGCGCCGGUUUGAGUUCCUAGGAGGACCGGAGCUGGGCGGUGCGCACGUCCAGGAAGCUGACGGUAGCUGGGGAGCGGGGAGGGUAGCCGGCUUAGAAAGGAACGCGGGGGGUUGUUCUUGGUGUGAUGGGGGCACUGGAGCUUUUGAGCAGGGCGUGACCCGGGCCGGCUCCUGUUCAGGUCAUCCCGGCUGCUUUUGGAGAACCGUUCUGUAGUCAGAGCCGAGGCUCCGGCCCUCAUCAGCAGGGAGGCCAGGGCCUGGGCCUGGGUGGGGUUAGCGCACAGAGGGGGUCACUUUGGGGCCUUAUUGGCUAAAAUCAAGCCUCGCGGAGGUAUCAGUGUGGGUGGAGAGAGAGGGACAUGGAGGAUGGCUUCUGGUUGUCUGGCCUGAGCAAUGUCGGAUGGAAUUGCCAUGAACCAAUCCAGGAAAGACUAGAGAGGAGUGGGUUUGGGGGUGAAAACUGAACGAUCGUUUGUGGACAUGUGACCCUUGAAAAGCCUGUUAGACGUCCAAGAGGAGAGGCAGGGGCAGCCGCAGGGUGCGUGUAUGACUGGAGUUUGGGAGAGAGAUCGACACUAGGGCCUUGGAUCUGGGAAGGAGAGCCGGUGGAUGGUGCCUAGGGCCGGGGGCCUGGGUGUGCCAGGGGAGGCGAGUUUAGAGGAGGGCGGCGGGCCACAGGGAACCCUGGGACACUCCACUGCAUGCAGGGGAAGGGGAGGCGGAAGCAGCAAGGAGUGGGGCAGGCGCAGCUGGAAGGGGGAGGAUUCUGAGAGGGUGUGGUGGGCACUUAGGACCCCCGGGGAGCAAGUGCCCAGUGCUGCCUGGGAGGCGAGGGUGGGGAAGGACCUGAUGAAUACAGCAGUAUGCCCAAGGCUGUGGACCCCGUCCGUCCGGCAGCUCUGUGGGCAGAGGGGCCAGCCUGACUACUGGCUAGAAGCAGUGGGAGGUGAGAUCUGGAGACAGCAAGUGCAGACAAGUUUGGACCUCGCCCUGCAAAGGUCACGAAGGCGCAGCUCUCAGAAGUGCAGCUCAGUGAACGUUACAGACUGUGCGGCUGCCUCCCAGAAGGCCCACCUGCCCCAGGAGCCCACUCACUGUCCCUCCAACAUCUGCUGCCUGCCCUGGUUCGUAAAUGUCUCUGAGAGCCAGGGGCCUGGCACGGUCCUUGAGUCCUUCUCCUUCAACUGCUCAUCUCACGUGCCUACCCUGGAGCUGCUCCAUGUGCAGCCACCCACCACCUUCUUCAACCCACCCAGCCUGACCAGGUGGCAGGGGAUCUAUGUGGGCAUGGUUACCCUGAGCAGCUCAGCCCGGCUGGAUGCCCUAGCAGUGAACCACUAUGAGCUGCGGCUGCGGUUCACGUGUGGCACUCAUGUGAUGGAGGGACCCCUCUCUGUGGAUGUGCAGCGGGACUCCGGCCGUAUCCAGUGUGCUGGCCGAUUUGCCAGCCCAGCUGGCGAAGUCAUCCAGGUGCCGGAAACUGUCCAACCUGGCGCCCAGCUAUACACUCUGCUGCUCCCAGGCCUGGAACUCCGGGGUGCCCAGGUGAGCAUCACCAGUGCCCAGGACCCUGCACACUUCCCCGGACCUUUCUCCAUCGAUGGGCAGGGUUGGCUGCGGGCACCGCCCCAGGGCCUCAAAGGCCAGGCUCCAAAGGCUUUCCAGCUCCACAUCGUGGUGACCUUCGGACAAAACCGGAGCUGUCAUGGGGUGCUGAGAGUGGACGUUCUGCCUGUCCCCUCCAGCCAGGUCUCCUUCCUGGAGCAGGCCCAGAACAUCACCAUCCCUGAGAACCUGGCUCCCGGGAGUAAGGUGGCUCAGGUCCACGCCCAGGGCUCUGACGUGCGCUACGAAAUCCUCUCCCCAGCACCGUGCCCGCUCUUCUCCAUCGGACGUGAUGAUGGUGUGGUCCGGUCCACCGCACCCCUGGAGCUGGCACAGGCCCCAGGUACAGCAGUUACUAGGCUGCAGGUGAAGGCCUAUGAGCGACUCCGGCCCUGGGCCAGCGUCGAACAGGACCUCACGGUGAAUGUGCGGUCGGUCAACCGCUGGCCUCCACGCUGCCUUCCAGCGCUACUGGUGACACAGAUCCCGGAGACCACGCCUGUGGGCACCGUGCUGACCACCUUCACUUGCACUGACCCGGACUCCCCUGGCUCUGCCCUUGACUUCCAGCUGCUGUCCCACAGCCCUCCUGGCCCAGCCAGCCUCUGCCUUCGAAACAGGGUCCUGGAGGUGCCCAGCCCAUUCCCAGUCCCCCUGCUGCAUGCCUGGGACAAGAAGGGGGGAAGGCUGAGGGUGAAUGCCACGCUGGACUGUGACACUCCUGGGGUGUGCUUCCAGCAUGUGGCCUCCAUCCUGGUCCUCGAUGGGGGCCAGCCCCUGAUGACCACUGAGGUGCCAGUGCUGGUGACAGUGACGCCUGUCAACGAGUUCUCCCCAGCCUGUGCUCCACGCACGUUCCAUGUUCGGGAGGAUGCGGGACCCCACACUCUGCUGGGCUCUGUGGUGGGCACGGACGCGGAUUAUCCUCAUGACAGCGCUGAGUACUACGUCUCCGGCAGGCCCGCUGUCUUUGCUGUGGACCGUCUCAGCGGAGAGGUCCGCCUCCUGGGGCGGUUGGACUACGAGCUGCAGAGGUGGUACAGGCUUGCUGUCCUGCUGGCAGACCACAGCCAAGACCAGGACCCCACCCACCGCCGCUCGGGCUCCUGCACCAUUACCAUCGAGGUUGAGGUGGUUCAGCCCCAAGGCCUUGAUGAGGGCUCAGACUCUAGCGUUCUGCUCUCCCGCUGUGCCUCAGUUCCCUCCGUUGGUUGGCUAGACAGGGUGGUGCCUUCCUGUGGAAAGCCUUGCAGCCUGGGGCCUGACACCAGGGCUGUGGCGGGAAGAGGCGGAGGCACUGGCCUAGGGGUUUGGAAAGUGGGUGACCUGACUGCCUUCCUGCAGGACGUGAAUGACCAUGCUCCCGAGUGUGAGCCCCCACUCCAGGAGCUCAUCGUCCACGCACCCCUGGGCCGUCGUAUGGAGGUGACCAACCUGUCAUGUUGGGUACCCCAGGAGCCACAACGCCUGGCCUUCUCCUACAGCAUCGUGGCGGGGAAUAGCCAGAGCCGAUUCAGACUGCAAGGAGCUGCCUUGGUGCACAGUGAAGCCACGGUGGGACCCCCCUGGCCAAAUCAGCCCCAUACUCAGGAGCUCUUGAUCCGUGUGGCCGAUGCAGGUCCCUCCAUACCCCGCCUCAGCACCACAGCCACGGUCAUUGUGCAUCUAGUCCCCUGGAGGGCCAGCACAGAGGCCACCAGCACCCACAGAGCCACGGUGCCUUCAGGGGUGACACCCCUGCUCGUGACAGAUACAGAGGCUUUCUGGCAGCCGGAGCCCUGGUUCGUGGUAGUGCUGACGGUGACGGGCGCCCUUCUCCUCGCGGCUCUGGGCUGGCUCCUCAGCAGGCCCCUCCAGGGGUUGGCCCAGGUGAUACAGGCACCAAGCAAACCAGCCCAGUGUCUUCUGCCAAACAGCACCCAGGGAACCCAGGGGUCCAUGGAGGGGUUCGUGGCGGCACCAAGGAUGCAGAUGCCCCAGCAACCCAGCAGCGUCCGAAGCCUGCAGCAUUUUGAUGGCAGAGCGCAGGAUUCCCGUGAGUACCCGCUUCCUAACCAUUCUCCACCUGGGCCCACUUUCUCUCCUUUUCCCACUUCAGUAUCUCCUCCUACCACCAAUCCACUGUCUGAUCUUUCCCUGAAUGGAGUCUGUCCUCAGCCCUCCUCCCCCCUCAGCCAGUGUUUGUCAAGCACCUGUAGGACCAGGAGAUGACUCAGCCCUGGACUGGUUUCUGACCACAAGGGAAAGGGGGAAGGUGGAGACGCCCCAGGACACUCCACUGUCAACCAGUGAAUUAUGUCAGAGUAACCUGGCACUGGGCUUAGGAGGGAGCUGGGGUCCAGUUUUGGGGAUUCGAGGAUACUUCCUAUGCAUUUGAGCCAGACCUGAAAAGAUGUGCUGAGAAGGCAGGAAGGGUACAGGCUGGAUCAAGCAGAAGUUGGGGGGGGGUCACACCAAGGGUCCUGGAAUGUCUCCCCUACCCUUAGCGGAAGGAGGGAGGCAGUUCUUCUGAGACCAGUUCUCUCUCCCUCCCGACCACCUGAGGUCAGGUACAGGCAGAGAUUACCUGUUCAACACGCGCACGGGAGCCCGGCGUUGGCUCUGAGGCCGAGAAGCUGCUUCACUUUGUGGAAUUUGUUGUGAUCAUGGGCUGUGAUUUUGAGUUGAUUCAAUAAUAAACAAAAUUACAAACAGAGAA